UAACCUGAACGGCAUUGGAUGUCAUUAGCACAGCACUGUCUAUCUGUCUGGACGGGGAACUGAGGGAAGGGGCGCAGGCAGGCACACUGGAAAUGCACUAACUAUUGCGCAAGUGACCUCCGAAAUUAGGAAACUCUGCAAUGAAAGAAAGCAAGGUGUGACUGGAUCGUACACAGAACUAUCAGUUCAGACGUACCAGAUGAGUGUUUUGUAGAAAAAGUGGGGCUCCGUGUCGGAGUGCUGGACGGAUGAUUUGAACACAGUUUGUAGCCAUGCAGCAAGUACUGGACAACCUUAAAGACCUGCCAUCAGGCACAGGAGCCAAAGAUAUUGACCUCAUCUUCCUCAGAGGCGUCAUGGAGAGUCCCAUCGUCCGCUCCCUCGCCAAGGCCCAUGAGCGUCUUGGGGAAGUGAAGUUACAAGCCGUGCGAGGCGAUAAUGUUAAGCUGGCCACAGAGAUCCUGGAUUCCCUCAACAAGCUGCCAGAAAAAGAUGCUACCGCUGCCGAACUUGCCAAAAUCCUCCAGGAGCCUCAUUUUAAGUCUUUGAUAGAGGCUCAUGACAAAGUGGCUGCAAAGUGCUAUGAAAUGCCCCAUACGGCAGUGAACAGCAAUGCUUUGUUGACGAGUUCGCUCAUGCCAGCUGAUGCUGUCAGGAUGAUUGGCAUCCAGAAGAAAGCUGGGGAACCAUUGGGAGUGACGUUCCGUUUGGAGCAGGGAGAGAUGGUGAUCACUCGGAUCCUGCAUGGCAGCUCGAUUGACAGACAGGGCAUGCUGCACACAGGAGACAUAAUCCGUGAGGUGAAUGGUCGCGAGGUCGGUAGUAACCCCAGUGAACUCCAGGAGCUGCUGAGGGACUGUAGUGGAAGCAUUACACUCAAGGUCCUGCCCAGCUACAGAGACACGCCAGCACCUCCACAGGUUUAUCUGAAGCCACACUUCAACUAUAACCCAGCCACCGACAACUUGAUCCCCUGUAAAGAGGCAGGCCUGGCCUUCCUCAAGGGAGACAUCCUUCAUGUUGUUAACAAGGAGGACCCCAACUGGUGGCAGGCCUGUCAUGUUGUUGGUGGAGCCACUGGGCUCAUCCCCAGUCAGUUCUUGGAGGAGAAGAGGAAAGCUUUCGUGAGAAGAGACUGGGAUACUUCUGGUACAGGGAUGCUCUGUGGAACUCGAACUGCAAAGAAAAAGAAGAAAAAAAUGAUGUACCUCACUGCGAAGAAUGCAGAAUUUGACCGUUAUGAGCUGCAGAUCUAUGAGGAGGUCGCCAAGAUGCCACCGUUCCAGAGGAAAACACUCAUUCUGAUUGGAGCCCAGGGAGUUGGGAGGCGGAGCCUGAAGAACCGACUUAUUGUCUUGAACCCUCUGCAAUACGGAACCACUGUACCCUUCACGUCACGCAGUCCCAGAGAAGAGGAAAGAGAUGGGCAGAACUACUGUUUUGUGACACGGGAGGAGAUGGAGAAGGACAUCAAGGAGAGCCGUUACCUGGAACACGGCGAGUAUGACGGCAACCUCUAUGGCACCAAGAUCGACUCUAUCCAUGAAGUGGUGGAUACAGGACGUACCUGCAUCCUAGACGUCAACCCUCAGGCCCUGAAAGUGUUGAAGACUGCUGAGUUCAUGCCAUUUGUGGUGUUUAUUGCUGCUCCUGAACUGGACACAUUAAGAUCUAUGCACAAAGCUGUGAUAGAUGCUGGACUUACUACCAAACUCCUCACAGAGAACGAUUUGAAGAAGACUGUGGAUGAGAGCGCGAGGAUCCGUCGGGCGUACAGCCACUACUUUGACCUGACUAUUGUCAAUGACAAUCUGGACAAGGCCUUUGACAAGCUGCAGGAGGCGGUAGAGCGGUUAUUCAUAGAGCCACAGUGGGUUCCACUCAGCUGGGUCUACUGAUGUUGUAACACCCCCUCCCCGACUGGACAGACAUGGCUGACCAAGCUGCUAGGCCUGGGAUGAAAGGGGACACCUGAAGGGACGGAGGAUUCAACACUGUACUGCACACAUGGACAAAGUGUUGGACAUCAGCCCUGUGUGAAUUCGCACAAAGCUGCAUCAGAGUCACCUUGAUCUGAAUUGCCAGAUGCCCUUUAGCACACUAUGCAACUCACAACACACAGGAAGUGUACUUAUUUAUUGGCAAAAUAUUUUUAAAAUAAUUUCUAUUCAAAUGGAUUGGAAGAGAUUACUGGCAUUUGUGUCAGGAUGUUUUAAUAAAAGCAAAAACAGUUUUUUGCCAUCUCCUGAUAUAUUCAUUUUACAUCUGUCUGUAAAAUAGGUAAAGUCUAUUUAUUCUGCAAAGAUGAUGAGGGCUUUCUCAUUGUUAAGGAUGAUACCUCAGUGUUACGGUUUACAGUGCAUAUGCCUCCAGUAUGUCAUCUCAUUUUCUAUCACUACAACUUUGUGAUCAUUCAUGUAGAAUAGUGUCAUAUGUCUUCAAGUCCUUUUUUUCCUCCUCUACACUUAUGGCCCAGUGUCCUUGGAGUUCAACCUUUAUAGAUGGAAAAUAUCUUUCCAGUCUGUGUGAUGUUGAACAGGAAGAAAAAUAAUACUGUAGGGUUCACCCAUGAUUUCUCUUUUAAGCACAAGAGAUAUUACAUUAAUUAUGUUGAUUUGUUGUCAGACAUUUGGAUCAUGUAAGUGUAUCGAACUGUUAGAGCAGUGGAUAUGGUGCUGUGUAUUUUUUUUUUUUUUUUUGGAAGACAAAAAAACUUUCCACAGGACUCUUAAAACAGGGUACUGCAUCUCAGUGAACCAUCCCUUUUGAUGUGAUAUUACUAAAACGUAACUGUUUUAAAUAAACUUCAUAUUUACUUAUAAAAAAAGGUAUAUUUUACAAUAUUGCAGAUAAGAUGUAUUUUCAGAUGUCAAAUAAAUAACUGGUGUUUUC